AUGAUUUUACCCGAUACUAAUGAUUAUUAUGAUAAAGAUCAUGAAGAUAUUAUUCAUGAACAAACAAAUCAAAAUGAAGUAAACAAACAAGAAAAGGAAAUGAUUAUUCUUUUAUUUCGUUGUGUUAUUUUAAAAACAAUACUUCUCUUCAUUCCUAUUAGAUUAUUACUGAACUCUAAUCAUCCACAUCAACAAACAUUACUUUCAACGUCAGCAAUCUUCACUCCUCCAUCAUUAGUACUUCCUUCAACAGAUGUUUAUGGAGUAUGUUUAUAUCUCUUUCAUUAUCUCAUCUCACAUUCACAACAAGAUUAUGAACUUGUUUUAUUUACUAUACGUGAAAAAUAUGAACAAGAAAUAAUAUCUCUUAAUGAAAAAUUACAAAAUAUUCAACAAAAUUUACAAGAAAAGAAUGUUGAAAUCAAUGAACUUCGUAUUCAAUUAGAAGUUAUAUAUAAAAAUAACGAAAAAGCUCUAUCUGAACGAAUAGAAACAAUUAAUCAUUUAAAUGAACAAUUACAUGAUUGUCAACAAAAAAUAUUUUGA